UUCAAUACAACGUUGGUAAAGCUUAACAACUAACUCUAUCAUUAAAUACAAUGUACGAGUAGCAUUACAUGAAGUAAAGUUAAUUGUGAAACAGUUCAUGUUUAGGCAGUAUCUUAUCAGCAAGUGUGAAUGUGUCCAAAACUUGUCUUGCUUUGAAACAGAUUUCUCACUGACCUUCGAUCACUGCUGUUCUCUCUGGGUAUAGGAUAGUUGUUCUUUUCCGCCCCAUGAAAAUUCAUCACCAUGUCCCAGCAUUGUGGCAGAUGGGAGAUCUGUGGCCCGGCAUCAUUUUUGGAGAUCUUCCCCGUCUAUUCACUACUGCUGAGUAGUUUUACAAUGUAGGUUCAUUUAGUAUGAAAGGGGAAAUAAAUCUGACCCUCAUGCCACAUACCAAUGACGGGCAUAAAAAUACUUUAGACCCAUCUCUAGCAGCGUGGUGUACGGUACACACUGGAUUGCUAGUUUGUGCAAGCACAGCCUGGAUGUUCCUGUUAAUGACUAUCUUGAGAAUGUCAAGAUCCUGUCCUCCCACUAUAUUCCCAUCAAGCAGAAUGUGCAGAGGAACGUGCUGUUCACUGUUCAAGGUCAGGGGCUCUGGGGAGGUGGAGUGUCUCCUUUGUAACAGUGUCCGGAUGGCAGACCUUGCUCUCCUUGGAAUGCUGGCUGUGCAAGGAGGGGAAAGGCUACAGAUAGUUGCUAGGCUAGUUGCUAUGAUAAUAAAAACUUGCUGCACUUACAUCCCAGCAACGGAUGCUUUGUCCAUUCAGCUGCUCCUGGAUUCCCUGUACAGGAGUAAGUUCCCUCAACAGACCUGUGUCUCCAUCACUGUCUCUGGGUCUUUUCUUUGGCCUUACCAGACUGUCAUCCACCUAGGCUUAAGAGCCUUCUGGGGUGUAGCUGCACAAAUGGUCAAGCUGCUGGCUCUCCGUCUGCCUCCACCCGGAGCUGUCUGGCUGGCGACAAUGCAUACCUCUGAGAAUCUGGGAGGAACAAGCGUGGGGUGGUUUCAUUCUUGUGCUUUGUGCAUAAUGUAAAUGUAAUUAAUCAUGUCUAUGGUGGUUUAUAAUUUAGUAUUUUUUUUUCAUUUUUAGCAGUCUAAUUAAAUUCGUUUGAGCUUUAUAAGUAGUUAUUUUAGAAUUUUUCUUUGUACCCCCACUGUUGGAGUGCUGAAGACUCACAAUAAAUAUGUCUCAAGGUG